AAAUAAGUUAACAACAUAUCAAAAAAUGGGUUCAAUCUGUUGUAAUACUAAAUUCUAGAGUUCUUCAUACGGUAAGAUGAUUAUUUAAUCUGUAAAGAAUUGUGCUUAGAAUAAGGAUAGAGUACACUGAUGCUACAGAAAUAGAGUGUUUCAUAAUAAGAAUAAAGUUAGAUGGUAGCUCCUCUUCCAUUAGGUAAGGAAUCGCAGACACCUACAAAACUAGAAAUGAUGAAAAAAUAGAUUCAAUUAUUAUAAUUGGAGUCUAUCAAAGCAGAAAGUGAUUUAAUUGAUAGGGAAGAAAAUACACCAAAUGGUGAUAUUAAUCUAAUAAGAAAAAUAUCAAUUGAUUGUGAAUUACAGAAUAUAAAUAAUAAAGAAAUCAGAAGUCCUAAUCAUUAAGAAACGAAUUUACUACAAUUAAGUCCAAUAUAGUCAGAUUCUGCUUUUAAUUUACCUUAGCAAUCUCCAUCUCCUUUGAAAAAAAAUAAUAGAAAAGAAUCCUUAGGAGUAGAAUAAUAUAAUAAUAAUACAACUUUUACUUCUCCUCGUAUUUAUACUACAAGUAGAUAACUUUAAGAUUCUAGUAGUAGUCCAACUAAAAAAUCUAUAGGUUCUAUGAAUUCUUUGACUUUUAAAAUGGGCGUAGAGUUAUUUGUUAAUUUGAAGAAGGGUUCAAUAAACAAAGUCUAUGCAUUUGGUUAAGUACUUGGAUAAGGAGCAUUUGGAAAAGUAUGGAAAGUCACUCAUAAAACAACUGGUAGGUUAUCAAAUUUAAUUUAGGUUUAAUAAGAGCGAUGAAAUAAAUAAAAAAAUCUGAAUUAAUUAAAGAGGAUGAAUAAAAAUUAUUUUAAGAAAUGCAUAUAUUAAAAAAUCUUGACCAUCCUCAUAUUGUCAAACUAUAUGAAUUAUAUCAAGAUCAAAAUAAUUAUUACAUGAUUACUGAAUAUUUAUCUGGAGGAGAAUUAUUUGAGAGAAUUAAGAAAAUGUAAAUUUUUACAGAAAAAAGAGCAAGUGAACUAAUUCGAUAAAUAUUACUUGCAGUUAAUUAUUGUCAUGAAUAAAAAAUUGUUCAUAGGGAUUUAAAGCCAGAAAAUAUUCUUUUUUCAGGUCCUGAACCUGAUCAAAAUCUUAAAAUUAUUGAUUUUGGAUGUUCUCGUAGAUUUAAUACAUCGAAAAUGACAAAAAGACUAGGCACUGUAUAAAUUAAUAAUUAUUAAAGCCUUUUUAUAUCGCUCCUGAAGUUUUAGGACAUAAUUAUACAGAAAAAUGUGAUAUUUGGUCAUGUGGAGUUAUUUUAUAUAUUCUAUUAUGUGGAUAUCCUCCAUUUACAGGAAAAACUGAAUAAGAAAUAUUUGACAAAGUUAAAUUGGGCAGAGUAAAAUUUCCAAGUAUUUAUUUUAAUAAUAAUUUAGAUGAGGAAUGGGAAUUUAUAUCAAAAGAGGCUAAACAUUUAAUUUAAAAAAUGAUAUCAAUUGAUGUUAAUCUCAGAUAUUCUGCAUCUUAAGUUUUAAAUGAUCCUUGGUUUUAAAAACACACAACUAAUUAAUCCAUAAAUAAAAAAGUGUUAGAUAAUUUAUCUCAAUUUUAAGCAACCAGUGAAUUUAGAACUGCUAUUGUUUAAUAUAUAAUAUCUUAAAUGACUAAUCAUAAAGAGAUUGAAGAUUUAUAACAUACAUUUUAAUCUUUAGAUUCAAAUAGAGAUGGAGUGCUUAGUAAAGAAGAACUUAUUUAAGGAUAUAAAAGAAUAAUGAAGAAUUAAGAGUAAGCUGAAUUAUAAGCUGAAAGAAUAUUAGAAGAAAUUGAUAAAAAUCUAUCCGGAUAAAUUGAUUAUAGCGGUAUAUUAAUCUUUUAAACAUAGAAUUCAUAAUGGCUUCUAUCAAUCAAACUAAAAUCCUUUCUUAAAAAAAAAUUGAAUAAGCAUUUCGCAUAUUUGAUUUAGAUGGUGACGGAUAUAUAACAAAACAAGAAUUAGAAGAUGUUAUGGGCACAUUAAAUCAAGAUGUUUGGCAAUUAUUUCUAUAAGAAACAGAUCAUAAUAAGGAUGGAAAAAUUUCGUAUUAAGAAUUUCUCAAACUAUUCUCAAAAUGA